AUGUGUACAGGUCUUUGCCGACGCCGCCGCUGGCCGGAGCCCCAGUUUGAGGUGUAUGAAGGCCCUACCGGGUAUACCUGCAUUGUUCGCGUCAAUAAUCGGGAAUACCAGACGGACACUGUUUGCCAAAACGAAACCCUGGCCCGAGAGAAUGCUGCAAUGCGAGCGUACCUCAUCUGUCGGAAUUUCUCCGUCAACGAUGGUAUGUAUCCAGCUGGACAUGACCACGGAGGGGUUGUCCAGGGAAUGCCUGUGGCGAUAGGCACUGGACGGAAGGCCCGCUAUGACGAUACCGAUACCUCGACCAGUGGAGGAAGCAGGAGCGGAGGGAGCAGUCCCGAAAGCUAUGAGGGAGGACGAUUCGGUCAGGACAGACCCGCCGUGCCAUCGCGGGCCCUCGCAUUUAGCAGCCGUGGAAUGUAG